AUCCACAGUUUGGUGUACAUUUGUUCAAUAAAUACAGUAAAGAAAUAUUGAAGCAAAAGUCUCAUUGCAUAGGCACAAAUGUUUCUGAAGAUAGAACUAAUGAAAAUAGACAGUUUGAUAAUUAUGAUGAUAGUGAAAAUAAUGAAAAUAUUGGUGCUUCGAGGCAUCAUUGGUCUACAGAGCAAACGAAAUUACUACUAUUUCUAUUUCGUCAAUUAAGCAAAGAAAAUAUGAUACACAACCGUCUUUGGAAUGAAAUAUCAGCGGGAAUGAAAGAGAAAGGUUAUGCUCUUACUGCAUCACAAUGUAGUACAAAAAUAGACAGUUUAAAAAAAGCUUAUAAGAAAUGUUGUGAUCAUAAUCGCCAAACUGGAAACACACCAAAAAAAAUUGAACAUUAUGAUAUUUUAUGUGAAAUAUUCGCUAAAACACCAUGGAUGCAGCCUUUGUCUACUGUUGGAUCCAGCAAGCCUCUUGGGCAACAUUUAGAUGAGGAAUCAUCGUCUUCAGGAAGUUCAAAACGUGGCAGCAUCAAUAAGGACGACUAUAUGACACAAUUUUU